AUGGCCACACCCCGGCUUCCGUUCCUCUACCCGAGUUUGAUGCGUGCUAUUCGGUCAUGCGAACCGAAAACGUACCACUCCCUUCAAUAUGCCCGCUUCCGACAAAGUUUCCACACCUCUCCGCGACGCGGCCAAGGAACCUACCAGCGGCGCUACGGGCCGGCCGUUGCGCCCAGCGAGCCUCCUCCGUCACGGCCCAAGGAUGGCCAGUCAAGUCAAAAUCUAGAUGGAGCUGUGGCUGAGACGGAAGAGCCAGACCAGACCGAACACAACGCUUCCCCUUCAGAUGAGUCACAAUCGCAAUCGGAGUCAAAAUCGCAAUCGGAGUCACAAUCGCAAUCGGAGUCGCAAUCGUCCAAGGUGGAUAUGCACACAAACAGCGCAGAUGGUGCUGCUUCCGCCGCAUCGGAACAGGCUGCCGCCGAAUCGACAAAAGGCAAUGCUACGUUGGAGCCCGGACAUGAUGAAGAGGACUCUGCUUCCGAGAGCGAUCCAUCAGAUGCCUUUACCCCCUCGCCCUCAAAGUCUUCUACUGGGGAUGUGGGGGAGGAAAUGUCGCAGAUGCCGCCAUACAUGAACCACACCACCUUCGAAGAGGUUUACCAUAUGCCCUCCCCGCCUACUGGCCUUGCGCCGACCGAAACGCCGGCAUCUCAAAGGCCGCCACAUAUGAGUCCAGCGCCCUACGUUCAUCAUUUCGAUACCUAUUCGCUUGUCCUCGACAUCUCGAAAGGUGGAUUUAGUGACAAGCAGUCCGUCACCAUUAUGAAAGCCGUUCGCACGAUUCUCCAAAACAAUCUCGAUUUCGCCAGGCAGAGUUUGACCUCCAAGUCCGACGUGGAGAACGAGGAAUACCUUUUCAAAGCGGCCUGCUCGGAGCUCCAGCAGUCGUUGCAGACUGCGCGUAACUCUGAGAUUCAGAGGCAGCGUGCAUCUCGGACACAGUUGGAACAUGAGACCGAUAUUCUGUCCCAGCGUCUCAACCAAGAGUUAUCGGGAAUGAAGGAUGAUAUCAAGGGCAUGUUCAAUGACCAUAAGAUGUCUACGCGGGAGCACCAGCGUACGAUCGAUACCAUGGUUCAAGAAUUGAACUACAAGAUCACUGUAUCACUCACUAGCGAUGGCAAGAGUGAGAUUGAAGGCCUGCGGUGGAUUCUAACACGGCGUGCCGCUUUGACAAUCGGCAUCUGUGCCUUCAUGAUUAUCAUUUUCCUCAAGUACGCCUCUGUCCGCCGAGUUCAAGAGCCCAAGCAGGUCGAAGUCGAGAAGCCUGUCACGAAAGAAGUCACCACUGAGACUCGGGUUGUUCACGACGCCGGGAACCAGACUGACAUCCCACAUAUCCAUGAGGCCCACCUUGGAGAAUCUUUGGGUUAA